CUUCUUGUCUGGUGUCAGGUGUGCCAGUGCUGUCUGCUAUAAAGAAAACAUUAUUUGUUUCCAGCUCAACAGGUCAUUUAUUAAAUGUCGGCAUUAGUAAGCUAAGAAGGUUAAACAAGCUUCACAUAUUAUUUAAAUGAGAUGAAAACAUCCAGGAAGACUCAGUUUUGAGUUUUAGCAUAUAGCGCAUGCUAUUUGCCGCUAUUUGCUUGGAAUUUUAUAGUGACAUGGUGACCAGCGUCAUAAUAUAAGCAAAUCUUGAAGAGCAGUUUUAUUGCGACUCAAUGUACUCAGGAGCGCUAAAUAUUUGAAGAGCAGCUUAGUCGAGUGUUAAUCGUCAGCCACAAUGAGCACCAUCCUGUUUUGCAAACUGCAACGAAGACAAAAUGCAAUCUUCUUUGUCGGCCUCUGCGCUGGAGUGUCGGUUUGUCUAUUCCUGACGCCUGUUCUUGACGAAAUCUCUUGUCCCUUAUUGCCAGGCAACCAGAACCCUGAAAGCAGGGCCAGCCACUACUCUCAGGGUAGGUCCCUACGCAGCCAGCUCACCCUGAGCAACAAUGAAGACUUUGAGCCGCGCAUCAACCUGGAUGGAAAGCCUAAAAAGGCGCAGAAGGUGCCGCAGAACAUCGUCCGGCCGAGGUUCUUUUCUUCCGAGCUUGGUCUGCGGCAAAAGAUUUUCAUCGGGGUGAUGACCACCACAAGCACCAUUAACAGUAGAGGAGUGGCCAUCAACAAGACAAUGGCGCAUCUCGUGGACAAAGUCAUGUUCUUUAACAACGGCAUCAACCCUCCCAGCGUCAAUCUGACAGGGAUAAUUGGCUUUUCUGACUCAAGGAAAAUUCUGAAGCCUUUUCACGUGCUCAAAUACAUUGCUGACAAUUACAUCGACAAGUUUGACUACUUUUUUCUAAUUAAGGACGACAGCUACAUCAGAGCAUAUGAUUUGAUUGAAACUGUGAAGAAAAUCAGCGUAAGUGAAGACGUACAUUUAGGAGGAUUUAUGAGAGACAAAGAAUCUGCCUUUUGCUCUUUGGAUGGUGGAAUUUUGCUGAGCAAUUCAGUUAUGCAAAAGGUCGCAGAGGGCCUGGAUUGGUGUGUGAGAAACGCAUUUUCAGACAACGACGAUGACAAUAUAGGAAGAUGCAUUGUCCAUUCUUCUGGACUGCCAUGCACUUCAACUCUACAGGGUCAGUGUUUGAGAAGUCAGAAGGUGAAUGACGAUUUGAAGGUGGACAUCAAUUUGGCACAGUUAAACACUGACAGCCUAGUGGUUUUUCCUGUAAAUGAUGCGACAACCAUUUACAAGCUUCAUAAAUAUUUCUGUCAGGUUGAGUUUGAGGAGCUUAAAAAAGCUAUAGCUAGCUUACAGUCUGCCAUUGUUGAAAUGCACCCAGCAAUUGGAGAGGAUUCUGAUGCACUGUCCUGGCCUGUAGGAAGUCAACCUGCCAGCAAACCGCAAAAUCGAUUUGAUGUUCUUCAGUGGGACUUUUUCACAGAGUCUAAUUUGUAUCCAGAGUCAGAUUUUGGAAACGUUAAAGAUUUGACUGGCGCAGAUGGUGAAGACGUGAAGCGAGUUAUGAAUGCUAGUAUUUCGCACAUGACCCAAAAAUACAACGAGAAACUUCAAUACAGAAGACUUGUCAAUGGCUACAGACGGUACGACCCUGUAAGAGGCAUGGACUAUAUUUUGGAUCUGGCGUUCCGAGACAUGGACACAGGGCUGGAAGUUCUGAAAAGAGUGGAGGUUGCUAAACUGUUGGGCCAGGUUGAGGUUGUCACCAUGCCUUAUGUGACCGAAAACUCAAGAAUUCAUUUAAUCUUACCGAUCGAGGCAUAUCAAAUUGAGGAUGCAGCUAGAUUUAUCAAAGAGUACACUGACCUUUGCACAACUUCCAAAGUGGUGUGCACUGAGCGACAGGACAAAAUGUUCUUACUCCUUGUGCUGUUGUACGAUCCAAUGGCGCCUGGAAAAGGAGACCACAGAGAUGUGUUUGGAGGGCUGAAGUCGAAUAUCCAAUCCAUGGUGCAAAGCCAGGACAGCAUGCCAAUGGCUUGGUUAUCUAUUAAAUCCAAAGGCCAAAGACCUCAUGAUAUAGCCAUUGUCGACCUGACCCUGAGGAAACUGCCACAGGAUGCCAUGAUCCUGAUUUGCUCUUCUACUAUGAAUUUGCGGCAGGACUUUUUGAACAGAGUCAGAAUGAACACAAUUCUUCACAAGCAAGUGUUCAGCCCUGUGCCUUUUGUGGAGUAUCACCCUGACAUAGUCUACCAGGAUAGUGAAAGGCCGAAGGAACUGGACAUCAACAAAAAAUAUGGCCACUUUGACAGCACAAACUAUAACCAUCUCUCAUUCUACUUGAAAGAUUACGUUGCAGCUCGUAGCAAACUUGAUGGGAAGUUUCCAUUGGUUCGUCAAGACCGAGAUAUUCCUAUCCUAAAUAAGGACAGUCAAAUUCCGAGUCUUCUGUCCAUGUUUAUUCAAGGACUGGAUGAAAUCCACGUUUUGCGAGCUGUCGAGCCUUGUUUACGGCUCUGGUACCCGCAGGAUCAGUGCCAACCCUCGCUUGGCCCAAAUCAGUAUUUAGAGUGCCAGGCAUCCAAGGCCAAAGGCCUCGGAACGAGAGCUCAACUUGCUGGCCUUAUUUUGCAGAAUUUAGAGGAAAAAUCUCGCUGAGUUUCAUUACUGCUUGACUUAGAUUGACAGCUGUAUUUUUACUUCAACUGCCAAACAUGAAAUCUCUUGCCAUACUAUACUAUUGCAGUUUGAAACUAUUAUAUGUGAUUAAAAUUAUAUAAUUUACUAUAUAAAAUGCGCCAUCAUGUGGGUAUAUUAAUAUAUUUUGAAAAGCUAACUUUUA